CACGAGUGUCCGCAAAGCUGUUGACUUGACUGCUCCUCUCCAGGCGCGCAGCAGCGUCCACAAACUUUGAUGAGCUGAAACCUUAACACCGACAAAACAAAGCUGAAAACCGGCUGAAAAAAACCCAAGAGCGCACGGUGUUUUUUUGUCUCCAUCUCGAAACAAAUACAUUCAGUUCAUCUUAAAGGAGCGCGUUGACAAAGCCUAACAGACACGUAAAGAUGGAAAACACCCCGGUUGAGAUUUUCAAGGCAGAUAAUAAGUGCCUCUCUGCGCCGCUGGAGGACUGUCCAUCCAAUGCUUCAGCCUGGAUGUCCGGCUACUCCGAGAGCCGCAAUGUGAGCCAGGACGUCAGCUGGGAGACGGAGGGCAUGUCUCCCAUCAUCCCCAUCAUCACCGCCGUCUAUUCUGUGGUGUUUGUGGUCGGUUUACUGGGCAACUGCCUCGUCAUGUAUGUCAUCAUCAGGUACACAAAGAUGAAGACGGCCACCAACAUUUACAUUUUCAACCUCGCGCUCGCCGACGCCCUCGUCACCACCACCAUGCCCUUCCAGAGCACCGACUACCUGCUGAACACCUGGCCCUUCGGCGAGGUGGUCUGCAAGGUCUUCAUCUCGAUCGACUACUACAACAUGUUCACCAGUAUCUUCACUCUCACCAUGAUGAGCGUGGACCGCUACGUGGCCGUGUGCCACCCGGUAAAAGCCCUGGACUUCCGCACUCCGAUCAAGGCCAAGAUGAUCAACGUGUGCAUCUGGAUCCUGUCCUCGGCCGCAGGGAUUCCUGCUUUUAUUCUGGGUGGCACGCAAACAAACAGCGGCAUCACAGAGUGUGCUUUACAGUUCCCUGAGCCGUACGUGUACUGGGACACGCUGAUGAAGGUAUGUGUGUUUGUCUUUGCCUUCGUCGUACCCGUGCUCAUCAUCACCGUGUGCUACUCACUGAUGGUCCUGAGGCUGAAGAGCGUACGCAUUUUGUCCGGCUCGCGGGAGAAGGACCGCAACCUGCGCCGGAUCACGAGACUGGUUGUGGUUGUGGUGGCCGUGUUCGUGGUUUGCUGGACGCCCAUCCACAUCUUCAUCCUGAUCAAGGCGCUUGCGAGCGUGCCCGAAACCACCGCCAUCAUGGCCGCCUACUUCUUCUGCGUGGCUCUGGGCUACACCAACAGCAGCCUCAACCCCGUGCUCUACGCCUUUCUGGACGAGAACUUCAAACGGUGUUUCAAAGACUUCUGCCUCUCGGCCAAACUGAAAGGAGAGAAGGCGUCAGGCAGCAAAAAGGCCCCCAGCACCGUGCGGGAGGCAGCUGUUCCAUUGGAGAACCCAGACGGGACAAGUAAACCCACAUGACUAGCAGUGGAACUGUCUUCAAUCUCCCAUAUCGGAAAGGAAGACUCAAAUGACCUGGGCUUAACUCACGUCACAUCGGCAAUGUAGAAUGUAACUUUGACUCUACUGCAGAGGUUGACUGGAUUUAUUGUUAUCUUUUGAAGUUCGAGCAGUUUCAUUUCAGAGAUCAGAUUACAAAAAUGACAAACCAUAAAUCUUAUUCUUUAUCGUAAAUCCACACCGAAUCAAAAACAACAGUGAGAAUAACGUCAUCCCCCUUCUAUCUGCAGUGACUUCUGCCUCCCUGAUCAACUGAUUUCCUCUUAGGGAGUUAAAAGAUUGUGUUUUUGUCAUUUAAACUUGUAAGGGGAGUGUUAUGUUUAAGCUGGAAAAGACACAAUGUGAUUAAAGCUAUUUUCUUUCCCAAGUCCAAGUAUAUGGAGUGUAGAACUACCACCAUGAGUUGAUUAAUCAAUUACUCAGUCAGUGAAUCCAGUCUCUCAAACAUUUUUCCCUUAUCUUUAUUAAGUCAGGCAGUCUCAUUGAGAGCAAAGUCUCUUUCAAGAGAACAAUUAUGAAGCUCAAGUAACCAACAGAGACAAUGCAGAGAAUCACAAAAGAGUUUAAGGAGUAAAACUUCAAAAAGGAUGUAACAAUAUAGUCCAUCACGUCAUUGAAUCAGUAGGAGCUGGACUUUUGGAUAACGAUGACCUGGAUGAAUGAGAGUCUACACAGACUGUUUGUAGUACAUGGUACGUAAGGAGUUCAGUACCAGAAACCACACAUGAGCGAUAUUCAACAUUACAUCCAGAA